GUGAUAAGACUGUCUGGGUCUCCUGUCUGACCUUCUGCAAUGAGUUUUGAAGAGAGAGUCGAGUAGACCGUUCUUUGUUAUUUAAACCCAUAGAGAUUGAUACAGGACUCAUCUUUAUAUCUGUGCCAUUGUAGCGUAUGUGACAGUUUAGGAAUGGGAAGCGCCAUUGCGGCUACAACUCAUAGGAAUCCCGGUUUAUAUCGUUCUCUGUUUAUACCUCAUUGGAGAGGACGCGAAGUGUAUGCAAUUGAGAUUCUCCCAAAGUAACCAGAACAUUCCCCCAGUGCAUUGUGGGUAUGUAGUGUUUGCUAACUUUCACGACAUUGCAGCAUAGACGGACUACCUUCAUCAAGGUAACACGUUUAUAUUUACUAGAUUAAUCCAUAGUAAAAUCGUUUGUUUUACUUUAUAUAUUUCAAGAAAUAGGCAACGAGUUUAGUCAUAAAAUUAGUCUGUCAUUUCUAAACGAAUUUCAAACCAGCAUGGGAUGGGAGUCCUACCGCUACAGUAUCCAGCAGCUGAUAUGGUCCAUAGUGCAUGCAAGGUCGUGAUAUUUACAUAAUCGCUGCUGUUGCAAUGGUCUGGGGUGUAAGACCUAUCCAGUGACUAACUUGUCAGGCAGAAUGGAUCCCAUGUCCGGUUCAACAGUUAAAGCAGAGGGCUUUGUGGUCGCUCACCCCUAUGCUGGCUCACCACCCCAGGGAUGCCCCAUGCAAAAGGAGACCAAACCAAGUACACCAUUACCACCACCAGAGUGUCCCAUGCACAAGGCGUCCGCCCCGGCCCAGGUUGAGAGCACGGCCCCCCCAACAGCCCCAGCUUCAGACCAGGCAGGGCCACCACAUCAGGAUCGGGCAUACGAGUUUGUGGAGUGCCCCAUGAAAGCAGCCAACAGAGAGAAAUUUGUGUCUGACAUCAAUAUCGCAAACAUGAUGCCACCACCCAACCAGCAGCCUGCCCCAGGUCAGCCCUUUGAUCUGUCAGUCAACAGAGAGGAGUCCCAGAUCCCCCGGGGUGGUACGGAUCAGAACUGGGUCUACCCCUCGGAACAGAUGUUCUGGAAUGCCAUGCUGAGGAAAGGAUGGCACUGGAAGGAUGAAGAUCUUGGUCAAAAAGACAUGACAAACAUCAUCAAGAUUCAUAACCAGAACAAUGAACAGGCAUGGCAGGAGAUCCUCAAAUGGGAACAAUUCCAUAAGAAGGCAUGCCCAUGCGGACCCUCCCUGUUACGGUUUGGAGGCAAAGCAAAAGAAUUCACUCCUAGAGCCAGAUUUCGCCACUGGAUGGGGUAUGGCUUACCGUUUGACAGGCACGACUGGAUCGUAGACCGCUGUGGAAAGGAGGUGCGCUAUGUGAUUGACUAUUACGAUGGCGGUGAGAUCAAUAAGCAGAACUUCACCAUCCUGGACGUGCGUCCUGCCUUUGACUCCCUCAGCGCCGUGUGGGACCGUAUGAGAGUGGCCUGGUGGCGCUGGACCUCCUCUUAAACCCCAACACUCCCCACACUAAUAGCCUGAUCCCAGAUCUGUAUGAUGUCAUGCCAUUCAAUGAUAGUCAGAGAAGUUGGCUAAAUCACAUACAGAUCUGGGACAAGGCUAUCCACUACCACUUAAGAUCCACUGAUUUGAGGGAGUACUAAUGUAUUUAUUGACCAGACUCUGGCACUCUGCUAAUAACUCAACUUUUAAUAGACAGCUAGAUUUGCUUCAUUGUUUGAAGUGAACUGUUUUGAUUGACUUUGAGUCCACACACGCAAUCACAUGUAUAUUGACUCACUGUAAUAAUUGUUUGAUUGGGAGGACAUACUAAUUGGUGGCUUUUCUAUAGUGAAUCAAUUCUCCUAAGUUGAUAAGAUAGAACUGUGUGCUAUUUGUAUCCCGUAUUAUGUUUAAAGUAAAGGCAUGUUUCUAUGGUGUUGUUUUAAGUUAAAGGGAGAGAUACUGUAAUUGUGGUCUUGUAGCAUGUAUUUAAAGUGUCUCAAUGACUAAAUGCAACAACUCCCAGGUCAAUGGAAGCAACCAUUUGGAAUGGACUCUCAAUGAAGACAAAUUGAUAAUGUAUUUGUCCCAGAUAAAACAGGUUAAUGUAUAUUCUUUGGCUUGAGUUUCAAUGCAACACACAGUUGCCUUUUUUAAUCAUAAUUUUGUUAAAUUCAGGGAAAAUUAGUUGUUUUAUUUAGUAUAGUAUAAGCUUCUGUCUUAAGCAUCUUUAAUAAAGGAUUCAGUUUUUGAAAUGGUAAA